AUGUCUUCUCUCCUCAAAAUCUCGAUCAUCCUCGCCGGAAUGGCGGCCGCUCAGAACACUGAGUGUGGCUGUUAUUCGACGGAUGGCGUCACGGCUGCCACAUACACGAACCGCAUCUACCAUGAUUUCCGCUCCCUAGAUGAGACUGGAACCCUCUACACUGGAGAGCCUGCUAACGUCACCAAUGACGAUGAGUCUGCCGCUGCACCUGUGCAGUCUGGGUAUCUGACGUCCGAUGGCUUUGUCAAUGACUUCGGUAUCCAGACAUGGGGCUCACCAGCGAGUGAAGAUACGCCGUUGAGAAAACAGUAUAGCAAUGCGAAUGUCUAUAUUGAGCAUGACGGCUCCAGCAGUUCAACGCACCUCACUCUGCGCUCCUACCGCAACGCGGACUUUGUCUCCACUGCCGAGAUCGACAGCAAGCUGCAAAACAUCUUCCACGCCUCUAUCACAGUCCGCGCGCGCGUUCGCGGGGCCGCCGGCGCCUGCGCCGGAAUCUUCACUUACCUCGACGACAAGACUGAGAGCGAUAUUGAGAUCCUGACCCGCGACCCGACGAAUCACAUCCGCUACACGAAUCAGCCUGGUCUGGACAGCGAUGGGAACGAGAUCCCUGGCGCGUCGACGGACGCCGUCUUGCCGAACGGUGCCGUUUGGACUGACUGGGUUGAUCACCGGCUUGAUUGGACGCCUGAGCUGAGUGCGUUUUAUGCCAAUGGGGAACUCGUCGAGACCAAGACGUACGGGAUCCCGGACGCUCCGAGCUCUUUCAUUGUGAACCUUUGGGGUGAUGGGGGCUCAUGGUCUGGUACGCCAGACAUUGAAUCUGCAGCGUAUCUCGAUAUCCAGUGGAUUGAGGUCCUUUUCAACACUUCCGAUGCGUCGGCCUGA